UCUCUCUCUCUCUCUCUCUCUCUCUCUCUCGGAGCUUUUUCUCUUCGUUAUCUUCUUUUUCAGGCCGAAUUUGCAUAUAUAUGAUCUCAAGAUUUCUGCUGCUAGGUUAAAAUAUAUCUCUAUAUAUAAUAUUUAUACCAUCAAAUCUGUCAAAUCAAUUGUAUCAAAGAUCAAAGAGAAAGAGAAGAGCCAAUCAUCAAAAUUCCAUUACUUAAAGAAGCUACUUCCGAGGAUAUGUCUUCUUCUUCCUCCUCUUCUUCCUCUGACCAACCUCUCCAUGAACAGCUCUGCUAUGUCCAUUGCAACGUCUGCGACACUGUUCUCGCUGUGAGUGUUCCUAGCACAAGCUUGUCCAAGACCGUGACGGUUCGAUGUGGCCACUGCACCACUCUCUUGCCGGUCAAUAUGCCUUCUUCGCUCUUCCCAACACUCAAUCAAUUCCAGGGUUUUGGUCAUAACCUACUCCCUCAUAAAAAUCUCGUGGGCGAUAUACAGAACCCCAACAUGAACCAUAUGAUUAGUGAAGCGAACGGAAAACACGUAUUCGCUGCUUCACCACCAUGCCCUCGAGGAGUGGCUAAGGAGCUUCCACGGCCUCAUCAAGUUAUAAAGAAACCUCAGGAGAAGAGGCAAAGAGUCCCCUCUGCUUACAACCGCUUCAUCAAGGAAGAGAUCCAACGGAUAAAGGCAGAGAAUCCGAAUAUUACACACAGAGAAGCAUUCAGUGCUGCUGCAAAAAAUUGGGCCCACUUCCCACAUAUUCAGUUCGGUCUUCUGCCUGACCAGUCAGCCCGAAGGUCUAACAUGCGCCAGCAGGAAGGAGAAGAUCCGGUUAUGAAAGAUGUGUUUGUGGCAUCUGCUAAUGUUGGAAUGCACCCGGCAAUUAAUUACUAAAUUACUUAAUUAGACUAUAUAAACAAUUAAAUAAAAUAAAUAAACAUGAAAACCUAUGUUUAAUUAUUGCUUCUUAAUUAAUAGUGUUCAUAUGUAAUGUUUGAACUUUGAUGUAGUACCACAUGCAUGCAUCUUUUGUACCUCUUCAUGAUGCAAAUGAUUGUGUAAUCAUGCAAAUUGUUGCAGCUGCUUUACAAUAU